AAUGAUUCUGUAAAAGCAAGAGAUUUAUGGGUGACUAGUUUUGUGGUUCUACAAAACAUCAACAAGAUUGCAAUAUCAUUUACCAGUAAAGAAAUAGCCAUUUAUGAUUUGAGUUCCAAGCUUGAGUUCAAUUGUCAGUAUAAAGUCUAUGGAUUAGAGUCCACACCACUAUGUAUGGACUACUGGAAUGAUCCGAAUAAUUCCAAUGAAGCUAUAUUGGUAUUUGGUGAUACAAGUGGACGUGUCAAUGCAUUCAUGUUUGUGUCAGCUAAUAUUGCAUUAUUUGAUAGGCCAGCACAACCUGCUGGUGAACAAGAACAAACCACUUAUGUUGAUUUCAAGAAACUUUUGAAGGGAAAAUUCAAAACUUGUCGUCUUGUACGGCAUGAUGGACAUACAGAAUGGACAAGACAAGUGAAAUAUGCCCAACAUUUGGAAUGUUUCAUAUCCUGCUCUACCAGUUAUGAUAAUGCCAUGGUGUUGGGAUGGGUGGAGAAAACCAAAUCUAGAAUGAGAAUGAAUAAGUUUAAUAUCCUGCAAGGAGUAAAUGCAUUUGAUUAUCAUGAGCGUUUGAAUUUAAUAGCCACUGCUGGUGUCAAUCAUCAUGUUUGUCUAUGGAAUCCAUAUGUCAUAUCAAAACCUGUUGGACUUUUGCGAGGUCAUAUGGCUCCUGUUGUACAAGUGCAGUUCAACUAUUCAAGAGGACAAUUAUUAAGUUUUUCGAAAGAUAAGGUAUUAAGAAUUUGGGAUGUACAAUUACAAGUGUGUUUACAGCGCAUGGCUGGUAUGUUUCCAAAGGGUCCUGAUGUCUACAGUACAUUGUUCUUCCAUGAAGACAAAACUAGACUCUUCAUCACAUUCAAUUAUCAGCUAACUUUAUUGGAAAUGAAGCCUGAGGUCAAAGAUCGUGUAUUAAGUCAUGACAAACCUGUCACCGCUGUUGUCUACAGUAAUACAUAUAAUCAUGUUGUGACAGCAUGUGCUGCUUCUACUGCUUAUGUGUGGAUGUUAGACACUGGACAGAAACUAAAACAGUUGUUGAAAUGUCAUGGUACAUCUGAAAUAACAGCACUUGCCUUGGAUCAGAAUGAGACUCGAUUGUUUACUGGAAGCACUGAUGGCACUAUUAAGGUUUGGGAUUUUAACGGUCACUGUCACCACACAUUGAAUGCAGGUGGAGGUAGUCCUGCUGAUAUUAGCAAUAUACUUGUUUUAAAACGAAGUAUUCUUGUUAUGGGAUGGGACAGGUUUUUGACUGUAUUCCGUGAUACCCAGUUUUCACAGUUUCACAUUGAGCCAUCAGAAUGGAAAGGAGGACAGGAACAUCAAGAUGAUAUUUUGGCAUCUGCAUUUAUGAGUCCCAAUGUAUUAUGUACUGGUAGUUAUGAUGGUGAAAUUGUUAUAUGGAAUACUAAUUCUGAAGUGGCUUCCCGACAUCUUAGACAAAGAUUUAUUAGAAAGGCUCUUAAGUCUAGGGGAGAAACACGUGUGCAAACCAGAGGGGCUGACUCCAGUAGACAAGGAACUCAGGGUGGAAGACGACCAUCUAUGCAAGUAGGUAGAGGUAGUCGUCCACCUACACAUGGCAGAGUGUCUGUUGUACAAGCACCACUAUCUAGAGGCAACACAUUGACUUCUAUGCCAGGCAAUCUAUCAAGGGAAGCUACAAGAAUAUCUGGGGGUGGCGAUGAUGAGGACUAUGGUCAUGCUGUUACCAGACUUGCUUUCCUAGAGGCUAGAAAGAGCUCGUCUGCAGCUGGCGGGGCUAACCUAGUGUCCUGUGGUGGUAAUGGAUGGGUUAGAUUUUGGAACACUGCCAAGAAUGCCUUAAUAGGAGAGUUUGUUGCACACCAACAUGUAAGCAGUAUUAUUAUGGCUGUUGAUGAACAAUCUCAUGUUCUCAUUACGGGAGAUACUGAAGGUUUUGUUAAAGUCUGGAACAUUCAGGAAUAUUGUCUAAGAAGCUCUAAUGAACUUAUUACAGAACCUCCACAAAUGAUGGUUACCUGGCAACCACAUGCAGACACAAUUAAUUCCUUACAGUUGUGUGUACGCAAUGAAAGACUUCUUAUCAUUUCGGGAUCUUCUGAUUGCAGUGUUGCAUUAUGGGAUAUAUAUGGCAAUCAUAUUGGUGUCUUUGGUCAGGAAGACCACUGGAAAAUCCUACCCUAUGAACCGCCGCAAGAAGAAGAAGAGAUUGAGGAAAAGGAGGAUGAAAUCAUUGAGUCUGAUGAGGAGAGUUUCACAACAGAAGACAGUGAAUGGGAACCUGGUGAUUAUGAUCCUGAUUUUAAAAUUAACACAUGGGAUGAAACUAGACUUGGUAAAGAAUAUAAAGAACUAAGAGUAACCAAAAGAGAAAGACGUCAGCCAACUACUAUACCUGAUUUACCAUAUUUACAUUGGGAGACAACUGGACAACCUCCAGCUGGACCAUAUGCAGCAUUGGGUACAUCAGAACUUGAUGAUGUUGCUGUUCUUAGUAAACCAGACUUUGUGACCCAUCCACAUAGAUAUUUCAGUGAUCCAGAUGACCCAUCCUUUAAAGUGGAAAAAUUACCUCAUAUUGCAGAUAGACUCAAAGCUACAUUUGAUGAGAAGACUCUCUUCCCUAAGUACAUUCUGGAGUUUGAAGCCAAGAUGAAACAAACACACAAAGAAGAAUUACAUGGUAAAACAAAAUCUAAACGAGUGGGUCUUAAAAGUUGGAGUACGAUAGCGAAUGCCACCAGUGCCAUUGCAGCUAUGAGAAGGGCUAGCGUUAUUGACAAACCAAAAGUACCACUAGCAGCAAUUAACGAAUUGGGUAAAAAAGCACCAAAUAAGGUCAAAUGA